AAUGACUCUAUGCAUUUGAAGCAAUCAACAUGUAGAGAUCUAAAGCUGCUUUCGGUCUUGCGCAUUGUGUACGUUCACGUGAUGCCUGUCAGCUCUGAACUUGGACGGUCGUGACACCUGAACCACCAAAGCACGUAUGCCCUCACCCCCGAUUCAAGUCUUCCUCACGACGAUCGCGUCGCAGGUUGUUGUAAGGAAGCGCCAAGAAUAUAUUCUUCGCAUCCUCCAAACCAAGAAGAUCCCAUAUACCUCGUAUGAUCUCGCCUCUGACGAUGAUGCCAAACGUUUGUGGAGGCGCAAGGCGCCGCCUGAUAAGCAACAGCUUCCAGGUAUACUCGUAGGCGGCAAAUUUAGUGGGGACUUUGAUGCAUUCGAAGAAGCUGUCGAAACCGAACGACUGGCUACCUUCUUGCGGCUAAAUGAAAGCUGGAAUGUCGCCACCGACGAAGACCGUCCGGCGCCCGAGGUCAAACCCGUUGGUGUGCCCGGGGCCGUCCCCAUCGCACAAAUGACGCCCGAACACCACAAGCCCCGAAUCUUCCCCCGCGACCCAGAUACCCCGCUGAAGCCAGUGAACAAGCACGAUGGGAACUUUGAUGUGAGCACGGAGCUGGAGGGGUACGGGUUACAGGGCGUACGGGUAACCGAUGACGAAUUAAGGCUGUUGGUUGAAGAGCUUGGGCUCGAUGGGGAUGAUGCAGAAGAUAUGGUCAAAAGCUUGGGUGGUGGUGAGGAUGGAAAGGGUGCUCCUAAGAAGGGUGGUGAGAGUGAUGAGAAGGUGAAGGAAGCGACAAGCACUAAGAACGCGAGUGUGACAAAGGAAGACAACAAAUGACCUGUAGGGUCUGAUGUAUUAUAUCUGCUUGAUCUAUAUACCAACCAUGGAAAUGGAAGAAUAUUAGCGUCUGGAAUUGGUCUGGAAUGCGCAGAACUCCGCCAGCGGGAUGUGAUUAGGUUAUUUGGGCAUGAUUUUCCUGGACGUGAAAUGAAAAGGCAUCUAAUGUUGAACUCCUUCUUACAGCUUGCUCAUCGGCAUGUUGACAAGAAAGCCACCAUCGAGCGUAAUGG